CACGGCUGGAGUAACGUGAGCGCAUCGCUCUGUGUCGCCGAGCGACCCUGAACCUUUUGAAGACAGCUCAUGUCUUUUUAUUGGCGCUGGAAUGUCACAAGGCAUGUAGUAGAUCGACAAUGCGGGUGUGCUGGUUGGUGAGACAGGACAGCCAGCACCAGCGAAUCAAACUUCCACAUUUGGAAGCAGUUGUGAUUGGACGCAGCCCAGAGACCAAGAUCACUGAUAAGAAAUGUUCUCGACAGCAGUUGAAAGCGGAGUGUAACAAGGGAUAUGUGAAGGUGAAGCAGGAACCUUUGGGUCACUGGAGUCAAGGCUUGAAGAUUUCAAUGCAGGACCCCAAAAUGCAGGUCUACAAAGAUGAGCAGGUGGUAGUGAUUAAGGAUAAAUAUCCGAAGGCCCGUUACCACUGGCUGGUCUUACCAUGGGCCUCCAUUUCCAGUCUGAAGGCUGUGACCAGGGAACACCUUGAACUCCUCAAGCAUAUGCACACUGUAGGGGAAAAGGUGAUUGCAGAUUUUGGGUCCAGCAAACUUCGCUUCCGACUGGGCUACCACGCCAUUCCUAGCAUGAGCCAUGUACACCUUCAUGUGAUCAGCCAGGAUUUUGAUUCUCCUUGCCUUAAAAAUAAAAAACACUGGAAUUCUUUCAAUACAGAAUACUUCCUAGAAUCACAAGCUGUGAUCGGGAUGGUGCAAGAGGCUGGCGGAGUGACUGUCCGAGAUGGGACCUCUGAGCUCCUGAAGCUGCCCCUUCGUUGUCACGAGUGCCAGCAGCAGCUGCCUUCCAUUCCUCAGCUGAAGGAGCAUCUCAGGAAGCACUGGACAGCGUGAUUCUGCAGGGCUGAACGGCUGCUGCGGCUGUUCGGAGCGAACUGCUGGCACCUAUUCUGGGUUGCUUGUGAACUGUUCAUUUCUUGGAUUAAAACAUGCAGCAUUUUUACAAAAAAAAAAAAAAAAAAAAA